ACCCGUUGAGUUGGAUCUCCUAUUGCAUACACAAUUCUCGAUUUACACGAAAUCAUGGAGUCGAAGAGUCAAUCCCAGGACUUCGAUUACCUAUUCAAGUUGCUGCUGAUAGGUGACUCCGGCGUCGGGAAGAGCAGUCUUCUUGUCAGGUUCACAUCUGAUACUUUUGAGGAUCUCUCCCCAACCAUUGGUGUUGACUUUAAGGUGAAAUAUGUCGUCUCCGGAGAUAAAAAGCUGAAGCUGGCAAUCUGGGAUACAGCUGGUCAGGAAAGAUUCAGAACACUAACAAGUUCAUAUUACCGAGGAGCACAAGGGAUCAUCAUGGUUUAUGAUGUCACAAGACGAGAAACUUUUACCAAUCUUAAAGAUAUUUGGGCUAAAGAGAUUGAACUUUACUCAACAAAUCAAGAUUGCAUCAAAAUGCUGGUUGGAAACAAAGUUGACCAGGAUGCUGAAAGGGCUGUUACCAAAAAAGAAGGAAUAGAUUUUGCUAGGGAAUAUGGAUGCCUCUUCAUUGAAUGCAGUGCAAAAACAUGUGUGAAUGUGCAGCAAUGCUUUGAUGAGCUUAUAAUGAAGAUUCUUGAUACACCAAGCCUUUGUGUGGAGGGCUCACAUGUCAAAAAGAACAUUUUCAAGGAGAAGCCACCACAGACUAGUGACUCAUACAGUAGUUGUUGCUGAUAGUUUUUUUUUUUGCUUGGUCCCUUCCAGUCCUUCUGAUAUAGCUAUGCACAAUAGUUCUGUAUGUAAUAUUAUCACAUAUAUUAAACAUAUAGCUCACAUAUACAUUGAUGCCCGAGUCGAAAUCAUUUUGCGGCAUGUGUGGCAAAUGCUCGUCUUCUGGCUAUCAAUCUUGAGAAGAUUUAUUACCCCACAAAAUGUACCUUUAAUGGUGAUACCCGGUCUUUGUUAGUGCUUGAGUACAAAGUCAUUGAAACAACG